AUGUCGGAGAUAGCAGAGACGAUCUCCAAGAAUUUAGAUUUCACCGACGACGCUUGGUUUGACAAAGAGACGGGAAGCAAGAUUGCUAAAAGAGGCAACGACAUCAGAUGGGCGGAGGUGACCGUUUUGGACAAAGAUGGCUAUUCUGUUGACAUGUUAGCUGUAAUGGAGCUAAUGAUAAGGGAGCUGAGGUUACACAAGGCGCUAGGCGAGGAAGUUCUGGUCAACAUAAAACUUGAUGGACGACCAUUUUGGGGUAAAAAUCAGGUAAUGGUUGGAAUAGUACCUGCUGACACACCCACAGGCUUUUCUAUCCAGAGUGCUAAGUCGGUCUAUCCAAUUGCAAUAGCCAAUUGYAAAGAAGACAGGGAAAACCUUAAGAUUCUCUUGAAAGUCAUCAUCAAUCAAAAAAAAAUUCUAAAGAAGAAGCCUUUCAAAGUUGAUGGAAAAGAAUACAUUGUAAAUUUUUUAGUUACUGUGGAUUAUAAGACAUUGCUUCUUCUCUUGGUGAAAAAAGAUGAUGAAGACUUUAUGUUGGGAGGAAAAGGAGUAGCUGUUGAAUUCUGCUUCAUUUGUAAUGCAAUAAGGAACUGUAAAUGUCAUAGAGUCCGGCCAGAUGAAACUUGCCUAGAUUGUCUUAAAAGCAAGAGCAACAUAGGUAGAUCAACUCGUAUUCGUGAUGAUCUAACUUGCCUUCUUGAUGAGGAGUUAAGUAGCAUACAAUUGUGCAGCUUGCACACGGAAAUGCGAAAUACAGAGCAGCUUCUCGGUUCUGUUGGUUUGCUUGCACAUCAAGCUGAUGCACUUGAUGAACUCAAUGCUGCACUAAAGAAUUAUGGUCCUGAGACCUCCUAUGGAGACAGCAACAGACUGCAGUAG